CGGCAGUGAUCCCACAACCCCGCACCUCUCCUCUCUUUUUCUCUCUAGGAGACGGCAAGGCGGGGCUAUAUACCGAUGAGCGCGUCGAUCCGUUGGGUUGGUCGGAUCUUGGGGCACCAUGUCCGUAUUGGCACUUCUGGGUUGUUGGUGGAUUGGUGGGGGGCUAGGGUUUCUUUCCCAUAUCUUAGUUUGUUUGCAAUAUUGGGUACCGUUAGCAAAAUAUAAAAUUCUUGUUUAGAUCUUGUUAGAUUGCAUAGGGAGGAUUGCGAAUUUUUGCGUUUGUUAUUGACACAACUAAAGUAAGUUAUUUGGUCAUGAUGGGAGAGAUCGGACGUAGGUUAUCAGGAAGAAAACUGUUGGCAAAUGUUUUUUAAUGGGAUUUUGCGUGAUGGAGGAAUCAGGGGUAAUCGUGCCCUAAUUCUUGUGCAGGUGGCUGAUGGAUUUGCAUCGUCCUUUCUGUUUUUGUCUUAGAACAUGGCUGAAGCAUGUACUGUUUCGCAUGCUGAGAAUAAACGCAGUCUCCCGGCAUGGAUGCUGAAAGCAUGCUCAGGUAAUCAAGUGGUAAAGAUUGAAGAUCAGAAUAAGCAGGCAUUGGAAUCUGCUGAACAAAUAGGGGCUCGGGAUCAGACCAAGCCCAUCAAAAGGAAGAGUGAAAGGCUGUUAAAAAAUGUGGAUUCAGAGGGUGCUGGUGAAGUGGGAGUCUUGCAGCGAUGCGAGAGUAGAGAAAAGGCCAGGAGAAAGAGCAAGGAUGCUGUCAGAGAUGAAGUUGAAGAAACUGAGAUAGCAGCUAGCAAGAAUCCAAGAAAAGUGAGUGCAAAAGCUGCUCCAAAGAAUAGCAGGAAACGGAAGCUGGAGAAUGUUAAAUCAGAAGCAUCAUCACCAGUAGCAAUUGAUGAUGAGAUUGAGCUUACCAUGGAGGAUCUUGUGAGCAUAGCUGAAGAGUAUGUAAAUGCUGAUAAACAGAAGCAAAAUGAACUAGAAACUGUGAAGACUGCCAGAUGCAAGGAGCAUCUUCCGUGUCCAACAAUUUCCACUGAGGCAGAUACAGGAGGAUCAGUGGUAAAUGCUCAAUCAAUGAAGGGAUUGAUGCCUUGCACAACAGUCACAACAAAUACAAGACCAAGCCAGCAUAGAGGAGCCGAUAACAAGGGCCAUCAAGAACUGAUGUGUUCGUCAAGUCUUGAAACGACAGGUGAUGUUGCUCAGGAGAUGCUUAACCUGUUUCUCGGUCCUCUGUUGAGUAAACCUGCAGACUAUGGAAAUAGAUCCGAGUAUAUAGAAUCAAUAACCGCAAAUGUAAAUCAUUUGCCAGAGAAGAAAGACUUGCACAACGAAGUACCAAGGCAGGGGGAAGCUGUGACAAAAAAGAAGAGCAGCUUGAAAGAUAAAUUGGCCUUGUUGUUUUGACUGCAGCAAAUGAGCGUUGAGCAGUAGAUUCUAAUUCGUAUGAGACUGCAUCUACUAGUUCCGAGAGUGUACAUCGCCUGUAAAUAUGACUCAGUCCCACAGCUUUUUUUAUUUCACAUGUAAUUAUAAUCCUUUUGUUAAUAAGCUGGUUUCUUAAUAAUGUAAGGCCAACCUCCUGUCGACGUGUAUUUGCUACCCCUGUAGAUUUUGGUUGGAUGUUAUUCUUAUGCAAAAUGAUUAAAGGAUGUGCAGUGCAUUUUCUGUUGGUUGAA